AUGGGUUUCGCUCCCUUCGCUCCUCUACCUGCACCCACAAAGGAGCUGUAUGACAAACUAAAAGCUCAUCGGACCUGGGGAUAUGUUAUCUAUCGCACCACCUAUUCCCCUCAAUCUGACGCCCACUUCUCCACUGUCGUCAAGUAUCUCGAAGCUUGUAUCAAAAGAUCAUUCUUCGGGGAAUGCGAAUGGAAUAAUAAGUCGUCGCCCGGGGUAAAUCCCGUCCUUUACCAGGAGAUCUGGGCGCAACAUAGUCCAACCAUCAUGGAAGAUGCGGCGCAAUUCGAUGGUGCCUCGCUUGAUACAAUACGCGCUCACUUUGAGGCCUGGGUCGAUGCACAGGGUCAGCGCGAUAAAUUCAACAAAUAUCGAAUGUGUAUGAUCAUUGAUGAGGAAUGCCUGCAGACGCUGCUGGGCACUUCGGCGGAGGUCUUAGAGCAGGACACCAAUAACGAAAGAUACAAGACAGUGCGUUAUGUGAAGGUCCUCGAAGCGUGGCCUGAAAUCGAUCAAUAUGACACCUUUCCGGGAUGGAUGAAAUGUCGUUCGCUGCUGCUAUGGGAUCUAUGGUUGAUGAUGUGCGAUCUUGACGAGGUGAGAAUGUCCUGGGAAAAGAUUGAUGCAGAAGAUGAUGGGGUGUAUUGCGGUUGA